GAGAAAAGGGGAAGAGAGAGCAAGCAAGACAGGCAUAGACAGAGAAGACCGUGAAGAAGAAGAGCUCCCCAAAGCAGACCCGUGUUUCUAACUUGGAAUUUUAGAGUGCAGCCAGCAUGGUCGUCCUCAGCCUAAUUACUUCGGGAUUUUAUCUUCAGCUUUUCUUCUGCUUUGUUCUCUCUCAGACUUCAUUUGUUGACAGUGUCUUCUCAGUUUCAGCAGACCUUCCUUGCUUGGAGCAGAAGAAACAAAUGAAUAAGAGAGCAUGCUGUUUCCUUGCUCCUCCCCCACCACCAUUAUUUCCACCACCAUAUUUCAAGCACAGCUGGAAUCCUAAACAGCUGGACCUUGAUUUGAAAAACUUUGGUCAAGAACUUCAGAUAACACAAGCUUCAUGUGUACCAGAAUCUGAUUGCCCCUUAGGGCCUCCUGGCCCCCAGGGCCCCCAAGGAAUUCCUGGUAUAAUGGGACCAAAAGGAGAAAAAGGGGAGAUUGGCAGACCAGGAAGAAAGGGUAGACCAGGUCCUCCAGGUGUCCCUGGAAUGCCAGGACCAAUUGGAUGGCCUGGGCCAAUGGGACCUAAGGGUGAAAAGGGAGAUUUGGGUGUGAUGGGAUUACCAGGUACAAGAGGACCAAUGGGCUUCAAGGGUUACCCUGGAACUAGAGGAGAAAAGGGAUCCAGAGGAGAGCGAGGUGACAAAGGCAUCAGAGGAGAAAAGGGUGACAUGGGCUUCCCUGGGAUGCUGGGGCAGAAAGGAGAAAUGGGUCCAAAGGGAGAGCAUGGUACUCCAGGGCACAGAGGACCUAUUGGAAGACCAGGAAAAAGAGGCAAACAGGGAGAAAAGGGAGACACUGGACCCACUGGAAUGAUGGGUCCACCUGGCAGGCCUGGUCCUUCAGGUCAGCCUGGUCCACCAGGAUCAUCAGUGUCAGGACAAUUAGCAAUAGGACCAAAAGGGGAAAGAGGACUUCCAGGGCCUCCAGGGAGAUGUCUUUGCAAACCUCCACAAAAUGUGAACAUCCCACCAUAUGAGGAAUCCAUGUUUGGACACAAUUACGCAAAAGUCCCUGUGAUUUUUGUGGUGAACAAUCAAGAAGAACUAGACCGGCUGGACACUAAAAAUGCCUUAGCCUUUCGAAGAGAUCAGAGAUCUCUCUAUUUCAAGGAUACUGUUGGAUGGCUUCCAAUCCAGCUUACUCCUUUCUAUCCUGUGGAUUAUCCUGUAGAGGAUGAAAGUACCUGCGGAGAUGGGAUCGUACAGGAUGGGGAAGAAUGUGAUGAUGGCAAUACUAUUGUGACUGAUGACUGUAUAAGUCUUAUGGAAAAUUACGAUGUACUUCCUAUUGUUAUAUUGACUCUACACAGUGUCGCUAUUUCACAUGAAGGAAAAAUGGCAGUGGGUAGCAUCCCACACAUUACAGGUACACCAGGUGCUACACUAUCAUCACUACAAGAAGGACUGAGACACAUACAGAACCUCUGUGUGAAAAAAUAUCAUGCUGCUGAUGGCUAUUUGAAAUUUGUUUUGUUUUUGUUUUUUAAAUCGAGUCAGACUGGAAGAAAAUAGGACCACUGCAUCCUGUCUUAAUAGAAAAAUGUCAAACAGAGUUUGCCAGUAAGAUUUGUGUUUCACAUGGUUGCAUGUGAGAACUACUCUGUAUAACAAGUGCAACACUAAAUCACUGGAAACUGAAUUUCACUAACCAGGAAUAUUGCGCGACAAGACAACAAUACCUCGACUUAGCACUGUUAGAUCUAAUGUACACUCUUCAGGGUUUUUGUUUUUAGACUUUCUCAAUGUAAACACAAAGCAUAUCCUAGAUGCUGUGUUUACAGAGAUUAUUUACUCUUUUACUACAAUGUGAACUUUGUAUGUGUUGUAUCGCAUGAAAGACCGCUUCAGUGACAUACAAAUUAGCUAAAAACACUCAUGGGUGGAUUCAGUAGAUGCUGUCCAGUAAGCAGUUUUAAGGGCAGCAAAUCAGGGAAAGGAACUGAUCAACAUUAUCUACAAUAUAUACAGUGGAUAAGAAGAAGAGCUGUAGAAGUGUGUGUGUGUAUAUAAAAAUGCUGAUGGAUCACACAGGGCCUACAAUUGCAAGACUAAAAAGCCAAACUGGAUAAACUAACUGGAGAAACUCCCUGUCUCAGGAGGGAUCAGGCAUGAAGAAGACAAAGAGUUAAUGCAUUUUCUCACCGUUUGUCAAGUUGGCUGUAUUGCGUGCUACUAGUGAUGCUGCAGGGACUCAAUUCCUUUAGAAUUUCCCAGGAUUACUUAAAAACUGUGGUGAAGAUUACAAUGUGGCCGUUUGCGUGUUGACUUUCACUUUAGUUUCUACACCAAAAACCAUUGCUCUCUCUUUUCUUUCCUUUGUUCACCUAAUCUUAAUCAGUUAUUUGAUCAUGUUCUUCACUCUCUCCAGAUUUCCUGUUUUGUCCUAUCCAUCGCUGUCUGUUUUUAGUCUUGCCUAGUGUUCAUCACUAUUGAGUGUAUAUUCUCUUUUUUACAUCUCUGUAGAACUAGUCUCAUAGUGGUGUGUUUAUGGAUUCCCAUUCAAUCUACAUGCUGCAUAGGUUGUAUAUAUAUUUUUUGUUUUAUUUUUGGAAAAAAUUGGUCAAAUGAUAUGUUAGCUCUAAUAGCAUUCAGGGUAAUUAUGUUUUUGUUCACUAGCAAGCUUUAAUGAGUGAAUGUCAUACAGGAGCAGCACUGAGUAUGCUACAUGCAACCAAGUUUAUAAUCAAAGCAAACGCUACAUACAGUGAUGUGUGCAAUUCAGGGAUAUAGGCCUCAGAUUAGUUUGUCAUUUUCAUAUUGGCCACUUGGUUCUGCUUUAUGCUAAAUACUAUACGUGAAUGUUUGAAAUGCAUGAAUCACAUGUACCAGUGACAGCACUGCAAUGGUAGUCAUAUAUACAGUUACUUCUCUAAAGGUGAUAAUACAUUAACACAACCAGCUGAUAUAUACACUUUCCCCACAUGUGUAGAAGACUUUGCUUUCAUUCUGCAUGCUCAUGGCAAUACUGGAAAUCACCAGUGAAAAAACUAAUAAAGGCAGUUCAUUUACUUGCUAUGGCUAUCUCUUACCUGCAUUGUUUAUGCUGCUGUGAGAUGAGACCAAUAUUGUUUGUAGUCCAGCCCACUGAUUAGAUUAUCAGUCUUCUUUAUUAUUUAUUUUUUUAAGCAGAGGAAUUAAUAAAUGAUCACCUUUUAGUUA